AUGGUGCUGCCUGCCGAAGGGGCCCAGGAUGAGAAGCCAGCCCUCUAUGUCGUGACGAAGCCGAUUCGAGCUGAGAAGUGGAAAGACAGGAGGGUGAUGCGCAAAGCAAAGAAGCUCGCGGCCAAGGAGAUAGAACGUGCUCGUCGAAAAGAGCAAGGCUUGGAGAGCGACGAUGACGAGGUUGUCAUGGACGACGGCAAGGACUACAAGCCGGAACCUGUGGCUCAAGAGCCAGCAGAGACGAAGAAGGGCAAGAAGCGAAAAAAGAAGAAGAAGGCCCAGGAAGAUGGAGAGGAGGCAGAGGAGGCCAAAGACGAGGGAAAGUCUGCGGCUGAGGCUUUGGAGCCUCCUGCCAAGAAAAGAAAGAAGAAAAAGAAAAAGGAAAAGGCUAAAGACACGACUGGAGACACGGCGCAAGACGAGGAGGAGGAGGAAGACGAUGAGGAUGAGCAAGACGAUGCGGCCGAGGACAAUGCACCGGAGGAGGAUAAAACCGAGGGUCCUCCGGCAGAAGAAGUGCAGAAUGCCAUCCACAGUUCCGGCUUCUUCAGCGAAACCCGCUUCGAUUCUUUAGAGAUCUGCGAGCCGCUGAAGAAGGCUCUCACGGAGCACAACUUUGAGCGCAUGACCGAGAUCCAAGCGAAGUCGAUUCCCCAUCUUUUGAAGGGGAAAGACGUUCUUGCAGCAGCGAAGACAGGCAGCGGGAAGACACUUGCAUUCUUGGUACCUGCUUGUGAUCUGCUGUACAACGUGAAGUUCCUCCCAAGAAAUGGAGCUGGUGCGAUCGCGAUCUCGCCAACGCGGGAGCUCGCAAACCAGAUCUAUGAUGUUCUCAGAAACAUCUCGAAGUACAUGUCUCAGUCAAUUGCCGUUUGCAUUGGAGGAAUGAAUCGGAAACCGGAAGCUGAGAAGCUUGCAAAGGGCGUCAACAUACUGGUGGCAACGCCCGGACGUUUACUGGAUCACAUGCAAAACACCAAAGGUUUCGUGUUUCAUAAUCUGGUGAACUUGAUCAUUGACGAAGCGGAUCGAAUAUUGGAGGUCGGCUUCGAGGAGGAGAUGAACCUCAUUAUUAAGAUGUUGCCGAAGAAGCGGCAGACAUCCCUGUUUUCAGCUACGCAGACACGAAAAGUGGCUGAUCUGGCCCGGCUCUCCCUCAGCAAACCGGUUUUCGUCGAAGUCAAGACCCAAGACAACGUUUCCACUGUCGCAGGCUUGACUCAAGGCUACGUAGUCUGCCCGGCGAAUACCCGGUUUCUGUUGCUCUUCACCUUCCUCAAGAGAAACAAAGACAAGAAGGUCAUGGUCUUCAUGUCUGCUUGCAAUUCUGUCAAGUUCCAUGACGAGCUGCUGAACUACAUCGACCUUCCUGUAAACUGCAUACAUGGUCACAAGAAGCAGUCUGCAAGGAGCUCGACGUACUACCAGUUUUGUGCCGCCGAAACGGGAAUCCUUCUUUGCACAGACGUCGCAGCGCGCGGCCUGGACAUCCCGAAGGUGGACUGGAUAGUGCAGUACGAUCCGCCAGAUGAGCCGAAGGAGUACAUCCACAGAGUUGGGCGUACUGCCCGGGGGGCUUCUGGUAAGGGCAAGGCCUUGCUCUUCCUCAUGCCUGAGGAGCUUGGCUUUCUGCAUUACUUGCGCCGCGCCGGCGUUCCUGUGGCCGAGUAUAGCUUCCCCUCAAGUAAAGUGGCGAACAUUCAAUCGCAAUUGGAGCGCGUCAUCGAAAAAAACUACCACCUUCACAGGAGUUCGAGGGAUGCGUACAGGUCGUAUAUGCACGCGUAUGCGGCUCACAGCCACAAAGACUGCUUCGAUGUGCACAAGUUAGACCUUGCCCAGGUUGCAAAAGCAUUUGGCUUUGCGCACCCUCCCAAAGUGGAGUUGAACCUCAAGCACACAGCCAGGAAAAAGGCAACAGGCACCAAGGGUACCCUGCAGAAACAGCUCUCGGCAAAGUCCUCCGGGCACCAGUUCUCAGCGGACAACCCGUAUGGAAAGCGGGAUGCCGGCGACAAGAGGCAGCACAAGGAGUGGCCAGAUGCCUACAGAAGAAGGGGCGACAGUCGUCCCACUUCUUCGGACAAAUGGUGGGCUGAAGGAGAACGGCCGCCGGGGCGGCGUGCUUCGAGGCCUGCUCGCUCUUGGCGGAGUGGAAGUGCGUCACGCAGCCGCAGCCGCAGCGCAACCGUUCCAAAGGAUGGUUAUGGCUAUGGCUACGGGCACAGCCGCAACAAAGGUUUGCGCGCCCCGGCGCCGGCAGAGGUGCAAAUAGCGCCGAAGGCGGCCAAUGGACAAAAGCGACCGGUUCCCAGACCGAAGAAGAGACUCAAGAAGUCUGCGAAGUCUGGACCUGGCGCUGUGGUCGCCGCUGGCCCCAAAGGUGGCGAAGAGCACGUCGUGGAGGACGGCGAGCUUCCAACGCUGCAACAUGACCCUUAUCAGCUGCUCGAUCCAACAGAUCCGAUCCUGCCACCAAAGGUGCUGGUACCGGAAAACGAACAGACGCAGCCCAACGGGAGAGCGCUUCCGGAGGAGAGGUCACGCCUUUCAACCCACACGGCCUACUUCGAUCGGAGUCGAAGUCGAAGCUGCUCUUGCUACAGUUCCUACAGCAUGUACAGCUACAACAGCUACUCCUAUGGCUGCAGCAGUCGGAGUUGGUCACCUCGUCCGGUUUUUCCCGACACAGUGCAGCCGCCCCGGCGAAGCGAGUCCCGAGGUCGCGAGGCGCCUCCGACGAUCCGUGAGGCACCCCCUCCUUUGGAGGCGCCGCCCGGGAGCUGGGUCCCGUGUGAAGAGGCAUCAUCCUUGCAGGGCGGUGCCACGUCGUCUCACAGGCCUGGGACUUCGCCCUUCACUGCAGGAGGCCCAGCUCAUCCGGCUGCACCUGCGGCUGCGCCUGGUUGGGACUACCGACCACCGCCUGGUCAGUUUCCUCCGCCUCACUUGCCGGCCCACACCCAAGCUCCUCCUUUUUAUGGUAUGUAUCCUCCAGCGCAGUACCAGCAGCCCUCGGGCUACCCGCCGCCAGGUGCAGAUCAGCACCGUGCGAAUGCUGCGACUGUGUUUGCCGACCUUGACGAGGAUUAUGCGGGCAAAUGGGAGGUCGGGACAUCGGUGAGCUUCACCGUGGCGGUGAAUGACAAAGGGAAGCCACAGGCAAGGGACGUGCAGCAGAUUGUCGAAGACUCCGUCGAGGACCAUCGUGAGAUUGUUGUCGAUACCUCGUCAGACCAAAACUUGGACCAGAACUACACGUCCUCUCCUGCGGGAACUGGGUUUGUGACUCCACUGAGCCAGCCACAGAUGCCAGCAACUCCUGCGAGCAGUCAGUUGCCGAUGACGCCGGCAAGCCAGCAACCCACGCCGGCAGCUAUGGCCCCACAACGAACUCGCCUGCCAUCAUCCAGUUGGGCAGAUAUGGUGGACGAUGACGAAGAGGUGGUAUCAGUAUCAGAUGGACAAGCUGAGCCGGAGCCGACAGUGCCAAUGACGGCAGAGCCAGAAAUUCCAGCGGAACCCACGCCUUCGACAUGCGAUGGUCCCAAGAAGGCUUCUACUCUGGUCCAGGAGUUUAACUUGGACCCAAACCUGGCCGGAUUCGUGCUUUUGGACGCCCUUGAGACGGCGAUUGCAGAGAACCAGCCGGAGACAAUGGAAGGUCCCCCAGCGCAGUCGGAGGUCGUGCACGCUCCCACACAGACGGAGCUCAGACAGCAGGGGAACAGGUUUCUGUCCCUGCCGUUGACGGCCCUGUCCUUCGGAAGUACGGAAACCAUGGAUCAAAUUGAUCAAAUUGAGCGAACACCCGAUGCAUUUGAGGGAGAAGUCGCCUCGUGCCUUGGUUUCUCCAUGGAGAAGCCAAGCUACAUGCAGGAGCAGAAAGAGGAGCCACAGCUGCCUGCUCCAGCCCCUCCUCAAGCCAGUGAGAGCAGGAGCCAAGGAGAGCGCCGAGUGAGUUCAGCACAGGCCAUCGCGGGCAGGGUCAAGGCUGCUUUGGUGGAGACGCAAGAGGCUCGCAAGAAUCUUCUGGGACCACCACCGCUGGACGAUGCUCCUGAGAAGCCACGUUGGCCUUCUCGCAUCCAAGCUCGACGAAUGUCGCGCGAAGUGCAGCACGAACAGCUGCAGUGGCACCAGCAACAGGGUCUGUGGCCACAGACGUUGAAUCGAGGGCCACGCCCGCCGAAUGUUCCUCCGCCUGCAGUGCUGCAAGAGCCCCCUGGCCCACCACCCGACCCCAACAAGAAGAGGUUGUCCGCUACAGCACCGGUGUUCCAGCCCGGUCAGUCCUGGCAGCUUGAGGCAACCCCACCACAGCAAGGACAGAGUGCAAUGCCGCCACCACUCCAGAGCCAGGCACCGAUCCCCAUGCCAGCCCGUCAAAAGCAGCCGCCUGGACCUCCUGGACCUCCGGGACCUCCCCGCCCUCCACCACGUGACAAUCGCUCCCAGCCGCAAGGAUUUCAGAAUAUGCAUGGUCAGGGCCCGCAGCAAGAACUUCGACCUCGCCCCGAAGCACACUACAAAGGAUCGGGGCCACACUGGGAAGGACCACACGGACCGCAGGAGCACUACCCGGCACUGUACCAAGGUCGGACUACGCACUACCAGUCCCAGGCUCCGCAUAUGUCAACACCUGCGCAGGGCCCCGGAGCCUAUCCACAAGCUCGCUGGCCCGAUGAAGUUCCCGAGUCCCGAGCCCGCGAGGGCCGUGAGGGCCGUCAUGAGGGCCGUGAGGGUCAAGGCAAGCGCCGUGGUUCAAACGAUCCAAUGGGAGGCCAAGGCAAUGCGUGGGGAAAAGGCGCCGCCACUGACAGCUGGGAGGUGGAAUCAAAGCGUCACUGGCCCCCUGGGCCACCGGGGCCCAGGCCACAGGAGCGCUGGGAGGAGGGACUCGGACAGUGGGAAAACUGGGAGGAAGAAGGUGGUGGAAGCUGGGCUGACUGGGAGCCGCAGCGCGGAAACUGGACAAACAAGAACUGGAACGAAUGGCGUGGAUGGGAGGAGAGAGAAUGGAGCGGACGGAGCCAUGAGGGAAAAGGGAAGGAGAAGGGCAAGAAGCAGCAACGGCCACCCAUGCGAGCUCGUAAAGGCAGUGACGAGGUUACUGUCAUUUCAUCGACCGACUCAUCUUCGUCGUCCACACCAUCUCCACCACCAAAAGAGGAUCGCAGCAACGGUGGAAAAGGAAAUGGCCGAGCUCCACGGGCGGCGCUGCGGCGCAUGUAUCAGGAGCAGCGGGAGGCUGAGAGGGGCAACGGCAACCAUGGCAACCCUGGAAAACGACGGGAGCAGGACCAUCGUCGCCAGCGAGGAUGGCAGUCCAAGUAG